CGAGUACUUACUAACGAGGCUGUGGUACUUACUGGUGCAGUGUUAGCAGCAACUACGAAGAUGAGUAGCAGGUUGAUUAUUUUGUUUGUUGUGUGUGUUCUCGUGCAAGCGACAUAUGCAAGGAAGCUUCUUCAGUUUCCAUCCAUGGACAUCCCCGGCAUUGGCGGACUUGACAAAAUUAUGGGAGGUAUUGUAGGCGGUGGUGGUGGAGGCGGAGGAGGAGGAGGAGGUGAGAAUGGUGGAUCUGGAGGAGGGAUGGGAGGUGGCAUUGGUAUUGGAUCAGGUAGCGAUGGAGGUGGUGGAGGCGGAGGCGGUGGCGGUGGUGGUGGAGGAGGAAGUGAGAAUGGUGGAUCUGGUUGGGGAAUUGGAGGUGGCUAUGGUAGAGGAUCAGGCAGCGAAGGAGGCGGCAGUGGUGGUGGUGGUGGUGGCGGCGGAGGAGGAGGAGGAAGUGCGGAUGGUGGAUCUGGCUGGGGAAUAGGAGGUGGCUAUGGUAAUGGAUCAGGUAGCAAUGGAGGCAGCGGAGGUGGCGGUGGUGGCGGCGGAGGAGGAGGUGAAAAUGGCGGUAGUGGUUUUGGUGUUGGAGCAGGUGAAGGCCAUGGAGUUAUGGCGGCAAUUGAUCCAGUUGAAGUUUAAAAUACGCCUCUUUUAUACGGCUUUGGUGAUCACAUUAAACUAUAUUCUUUCAUGAACCCCUUUUCACUAAAUAAAUGGUG